AUGACAUUGGUCACCACACAUCUGGCGAUCACCGGAAGGUCCCGAUCCUUAGUACUUAGAAUAUUUGCCUUACAUUUGUUCUACUUCACCUUAUACAUGAUGAUACAUGAAAGACAAUUAAAUUACUCAUUUUAUUCAACUUUUAGUAUUACAACGACCAACCUUAGGAAGCUUUUACUUGUCUAUGUGGGGAUUCCACGCUAUGAAGGUCCUGAGGUUGAUCCUACCAUUGUGACACAUGAUGCAAAGGAUUUGUACAAAGCUGGUGAGAAAAGGCUGGGCACAGAUGAGAAGACCUUUAUCCGUGUUUUCACUGAACGCAGUUGGGCACACUUGGCAUCUGUUUCUUCUGCUUACCAUCAUAUGUAUGACCGGAAAUUAGACAAGGUUAUCAAGAGCGAAACAUCUGGAAACUUUGAAUUUGCACUUUUGACUAUCCUAGAUGCGCGGAAACCCCAGCAAAGUAUUUUGCUAAGAACCCUGGUCCCUGGUCAGUUUAAAGUGUAUUCUGGUGGACUUGCAUGGAAGAGACAAGGUGGAGGAAAGACCAUUGAGAUUGACAAAGCUGAUGUAACCGCAAUUACUUGGAUGAAAGUCCCCAGAGCAUAUCAGCUUGGAGUUAGGAUUAAGGAUGGCCUGUUCUACAGAUUUAUUGGCUUCCGUGAACAGGUCCCCCCCCCCACUCUCCGCCCGUGCCUUUAA